GCGGCACAAGACUGGACCACACACGAGAACCCACAAGCAAGAGUAGGUAGAGCGAGACCACCGUGGCGAGGAGAGAUAGGAUGGCAUCAGGAGCAAGGACGUGAAUUUCUCCGAGGAAGAAGUCACCUCGCACCCGCGCGUUCUCGAAUGUGAGGAGCAGACGGUUGCACCGGCACGGCAGUCUUCCAUCUUCGCGCCAAUGUUGGACGAGCUGCAAUACUCUAUGUGCGAGGCAGGGCACAACUUUGGGUCCAUGAACAUGGACAAGUUCAUGAGCAACAUAUGGAAUGACAAGGAGUUCCAAGAGGCGACCGGUGGUGUCUUGGUGGGCAUGGAGGUGGCUUCGGUGGUGGGUGCUGAUGGAGGCCGAGGUGGCGAAGAUGCAGGAGGAAGCAACCUAGCCCGACAGGAGUCGUUCUCCUUGCCUCCCCCGCUAUGCCGGAAGAUGGGGGAGGAGGUGUGGGCUGAGAUCAAUAGGGAGACCCGCCCGGUGCAUUCCCAGCCUCAGUCCGCGCGGCCCUCGCCAUUGAUUCCCGUCGAACCACCGGCGGGGAAUGGUGGUGGGGUUGCGGCGAAUGAACAGCGGGGGACGCUUGGAGAGAUGACGCUAGAACAAUUUCUUGUCAAGGUUGGUGUGGUCCGGGGAUCUGGCACCGGCGGCCAAGCGCCUGUGCCGGUCGGCAUGGUCCAUGGACAGAUGAACCCUGCACCGGCCAACGACAUGUUCCAGGUGAUGGGCGAUGGCAUGGUGUUCAUCCCCAACGGGUACGCAGGGAUGGUCGUGGUGCCGCUACCACCACCUCCUCAAGGUGGGGUGGGUAUCGUGAGCCUAGGGUCGUCGGACGGGAGGAGCACCAUGAUGGAGGUUGACAUGAUGAACUAUAUGGGCGACAGAACGAUGAUGGAGAACAGCGGCGCGCGGAAGCGCGGCGCUCCGGAGGAUCAGUCCUGUGAGGGGAGCAUCGAGUGCCGCCACCACCGCAUGAUCAAGAACCGUGAGUCAGCCGCACAAUCACGUGGCAGGAAGCAGGCUUAUACCAAGGAGCUUGAAGCCGAACUAAAUCACCUCAAGGAGGAGAACUCUCGUCUGAAAGCUAAGGAGAAGAUGAUUUUGCUGACCAAGAAACAAAUUGUAUGUACAUUUUCCCACCAUCAUGUGGCAAUCCUCCUACACUCGCCAUCACUUGCCAAUUGCUUGUGACAAUCUAAAUGCAAGGUCUUCAAACAGUCAAUGUGUGUGUGCUGAUGAAAACACCUUGUGGCUGUGAUCUUUUAUUUCUUACAGCUAGUGGAGAGGAUGAUGGAGCAGUCCAAGGAAAAUGUGAACGCCAAGAAGGGUGGCGCCCUGUCACGGCGCUGCAGUAGCUGCAUCUGGGGAUAGGUGACCCACCAUUCAGCUUCCAUAGUCGUGCUGGCAGGAGGAUGAGAAUGAAUAAUGGUUACCUUUCCUUUCUAGAGUGGGGUGGUAUCGUAAUUUACUAGUCGUACCUAAAACCCAUAAGGACCCAAAUGCCAGUGUUUUUCUGGUCAAGCAAGUGAACUUAUGUUGUUGUUAUUGUUUAUAGGUAUAUAGGUUUGUCAGAAUUUCAGGAAAAUGGAACAAAAGAAAGUUAGCAAUAUGUUUAUGUGUACUAGCACUCUAAUAUGAUGCGAUGCAAUGUGUGUGGUCCAUUUCUGA